AAAAAAACAUAAAUUCAGUUUCUCAUUUAGUAUAUGAGCCUGAGCAUGCCGGUACCGGUAUGAGCAGAGCCACGGCCAUUUUUCACUGUCUGUUAAAGUAGAUAAAACAUGGUCUUUUUUUUCCAUGUAUUUAAGUAAUGUAGUUUCAGGCAGAAAUUGCUCUAAAACCCAUUUGGUCUUAACAGGUGAAGACCAAUGAAAUUUCAAUACAGAAAUAUUUCACACAAUCAUGGAGAUGAAGGUUGACAGUCGCCUUCCACGAAGCUAAGACACAUAAGGGUAUUUUCUAAAGAAGUUGGCUGUAUCAAAGCAUAUUAAUGAAAAGCUGAGUCAAAAGAAAAAGAGUAGUAGAAAAAGGACUGAACAGUUGCUUAGUUUGGUAAAGACAUCUUUCAAGAUGAAAGUUUUGCAUUUCCUUUGGAAAUCAAGGGGUCACAGUCUGGAGGAAGAGUGGAGUGUCCAAGUUCUUAGAGGUCCAGUGUAAAGUUUCCACAGUCAGUGAUAAUUUGGGGAGUCAUGUCAUCUGCUGCUGUUGGUCCAUUUUGUUUUGUUUUGUUGAAUUACGUGCAGCUGUCUACCAGGAAAUCUUAGAGUACUUCAAGCUUCCCUCUGCUGACAAUUUUUAUGAAGAUGCUGAGUUUAUUUCCCGGGAGGAAAAUGCAGACAAACUGAAGGUUGCUAUAAAAGCAACAUAGGUUUCUUUAACACCUGAGCCGAGCCUCCAUGCCAAACCACACUUAUUCAGGCAAAAGUAUGACCAUGUAUUGAGUGCAUGUACCAUAAAUAGGUUCCCUUUUUAAUUUGUUACCUGAUUUUGGAUCCUCUGGUUUUUGUUAGCUGUAAGCCAUUAUCUUCAAAUUAUCCUAUCUUCACCUGAAAUAUACUGUACAUCUGUUUAUCUUCGCUCUUCGCAAAGUGCUACAUUUCCAGACCACAAUGAAAAUUUCAAGUGAAUACUUUUAAUGUGAAAGCAAUGAUGGUAAACUGACUAGAUCUAAGUGCUGAGGGGAAUGCCCUCCCAUGGCAGUGAUAUGAACACAACAGGCUUCAAACAGUUUAGAGAAGAAAAAACUGUUCUCCUGAUCAGAGCCAUGGCUCUUGCAUUCAUCUGUUUUCUGCUCUUUCUUGCAGGUGGAAUAACCUUUAGUGUGGAGUUACAAGAUAAUCUUGACAAGCAGUGGACAUCCAGUCAGAGCUACGCAAAUUCGCCAGAAGAUAUCUGCAGUUACUGGGACGUUCUACAGCACCUGAACCUGACCAAGAGCAAUGACAUGUAUACCAUGACCAGACCUGUUAAAAAUUCUAAAAGUGUGACUCAAGUUCACAUUGACAUGAGGAUCUAUAUUAUUCUAGAUUUGAGAGAAGCUGACCAAACCUUCAUAUCAUAUGUUUGGCUGUUCAUGGACUGGAACAAUGAAUACAUUGAAUGGAAUGAAAAUGACUUUUGUGGAAUUGAUGAAGUAGAAGUUCCCCGUGAAGCUUUAUGGAUGCCUGACAUCACUAUUGAAGAAAUGACAGAAAAGGAUAAAGCCCCACCAAGCCCUUUUCUCUCAGUUUUUAAUGAUGGUUGGGUGAGUUACAGGGAUGACAAGAUAGUGAUGAGCACCUGCAAGAUGCACAUUUUUUAUUUCCCCUUUGACAUUCAGAGAUGCAAUCUCUCCUUUAAGUCUAUCUUGUACACUGAUGGACAAUUAAGCAUUCACCAUUAUAGCAACAGUACAGAACUCUCAAAAAUGCCUUUGGAUAUGACCUUGAAGCAGUACGAGUGGAAACUUCUACAUAUCACAGCCAUAAAUACUACUGGGGAUUAUUUUGACAACAAUCAAACUGUCAUUGUCUACACUAUAACCAUGGAGAGGAAGUCUGCACUUUAUAUUGUCAACUUUCUGCUGCCUGUCCUCUUCUUCUUGUGCCUGGACUUUGCCUCCCUCCUGAUGUCCAACAGUGGGGACAAGAUUAGUUUCAAGAUCACGGUGCUACUUGCCGUAACAGUGAUGCAGCUUAUUCUCAAUGAGAUUUUACCUUUUACCUCAAGCAGGAUUCCACUUAUAGUGAUUUACUGCAUUGGGAUUUUUGCUAUGAUGUUGCUCAGCCUCUUGGAGUCCAUUUUGGUGAAUUAUGUGAUUGAAUUGGACUCAUCAUCAAAGGAAGACACGGCAGAGAAUGAUAGCAAGCUGAAAAUUAAAAAUGCCUCUCCCAUUGCCUCCGCUUACAAUGAGAUGACCGAUCAAACACCAUCUACAUACAAUGAGGGCAGCAGCAGUCAACUGACUGAGUUAUUCCUGGCAGUGGAAAAAGUCUCAGACGAGCUUGGAGAGAUGAAAAAAACGUUCCUUGACAAAAAGUCAGAAGAGAAGAAGUCUGGUUACUGGACCGACAUUGCCAAAAAAAUAGAUAAGAUUUUUUCCAUUGUGUAUGUCCUAGGAGCCUUAGUGUUUUUAUCUGUCAUCUUCUUAAAGUGGGUAAGCCAAACUAACAGUAAAAAUGUUAAAUAGUUACCAAGUUUCUAUUGAUCAAGAUCUGAGAAAACAACAUAUCCAUGUGAUGUAGCUGGUGGUUCACUUGGACUUAAAAAUUAAUUACAAGUCAAAUAAGUCAUCAGAUACAAUUAUUAUUAGUAACAUAAAACAAAACCACACCAAAAGGUUUAAUGGGCAAAAAGAAAAAUUGUAUUCUUGCCACAUAAUAUGGUGAAUCGAAACAUUUAUGUGGGUUAGUGCCUGAAGAAAUGAAGACUCUGGAAAAAAAAAACAACAAAUUAGAAGUAUGGUGAUCCAAUGAUACAUCCCAGUGUUGAAUAUUUCAUGUGUAUUAGAAUGGAGAGGGAAAUUUGCAGGUAAACAUUACAGUUUGCUACUUUAUAAAAACAGAGUAAGGCAGAUUUUGCCUUCAAGGUAGCCAAUCUAAUUAUUUUUUCUUUCCUACUUAAUAAUUGCAUAUUGACUGUUGGUGGAAACCUUUACAUUCUGAACAGAAUCUUAGAGUGCACCCAAGACUUCAUAAAAUGAAUAGCUAUAUCAUAAAAUGCAUUGACUUACAACAACAUUCAUGCUUCUAAAACCUUCUCACCUUUUCUGACAUUACCGCCACAUUUCUUUUUUAUGUGAAAGCAAAAAUGUGAAAAGUGUGGCAUUUAUUCAGCUUUCCAUGUGUAGCUGUUGCAUUCAUACAAGAUAAAUGGAGUUAAAUACAAGACAAUUCUGGAAGAUAACCUGUUUAAGAUUGGUAAAGAUUUGAAACCUUGGAUGGAAGUUGAUCCUCCUGCAUGACAACUAGGGCUCAAAAUCGGCAGGUCAGGCUUUUUAAAGAUCGGUGAUCACCUAAAAAACUGCAAUCGGUGGCAACCUAAAGAUAACCACUGAAAACAUACAGCAAGAACUACUGUGGGAUGUUUUAGAAGGUGGACACACUAAAAGGUGAUAGGAGUGUAAAUACUUUUUUUUUUCCAAAUUCAUAUUAUACAUUUUUGGUAUUGAUUAUUGUCCUAUUCAUAACAGAGUCCUGCUGUCUGCAUCAAACGUUGAAUAUAUUACUAUUGUAGUUGCAUGUUGUGCAGGUUUAUAUGUAACAUAUACCUCAACAGAUACCCAAAUAUGUUUGCAUUAGCUAUAUGAAAAGGAUAUAUAUUCAUCAGAUAAUAAAAUAAAACUCACAUACACAUUAUAUACAUUUUACAUAUUGUACAGCAGUAUUGUCCAAAGUAUUGGUGCUUUACUUUAAAGGUUUAAACUAUGUGGAACUGGUCACUGCAUAAAACUAAUAAAAGGUACAUCUUG